CUCUCUAGUCUCUCCAACCGCGUCAUCAAAAACAAACUCAAACUCAAACUCAAAAUAUAAACAUAUCUUUCUCUCUCCUCUCACCACACUCACCUUCCUCACUCUUUCCACCCUUUUCUCUCUCCUCUUUCCCCCAAAAUCUAGCAGUUUUUUGCAUUUCAUAUUUUCAUUUCCACACACUAUAUAAACAUAAACACGACAAACUCAACCAACAACAAGAACAAAAAUGAAGCACAUUUUCAAGAAACUCCAUAAAAGUCACGACCUCAAUCGUACUAACAACGAAACCCUAACUUCAUCAUCAUCUUCAUCAUCGCAAACUCCACCUUCAACUUCAUCUGCGUCAACAACGACUUCAUCCAUGGCGGCGACUCAAUCGCAGUCGCAAUCGCAAUCGCAGUCACUCUCCACUGAUACUGGAAAUUCGCCGGCGAUUGGUGUCGGAAACUUGGCGGAGGUUAAUAAUUUGGUGAACAAUGAUCGUUUUCGUCAAGGUGAUUACUUCUCGUCUGAGGAGGAAUUUCAGAUGCAGCUUGCUUUGGCGAUCAGUGCUUCCAAUUCCGAGUUUCGAGAUGAUCCGGAGAAUGUUCAGAUCCGUGCUGCGACUUUGUUGAGCUUGGGGAGGUCUAAUUCUAUUGAUAAUGGCCGUGAUAAAGAGCUUUCCGGUGAGACUUUGUCGCGCCGCUAUUGGGAUUACAAUGUCCUUGACUAUGAGGAGAAAGUGGUAGAUGGCUUCUAUGAUGUAUUUGGUAUUUCGAUGGAUCCAGCAGUCCACGGAAAGAUGCCUUCUCUGGCAGACCUUGAAACAAAUGCAGGUGAUUCUGGAUUUGAGGCUGUGAUAGUUAAUAGGGCAGUUGAUCCGAUACUUGUGGAGUUGGAGCAAGUUGCGCAUUGUAUUGCACUAGACUGUCCUGCAUCAGAGGUGGGUAUAUUGGUUCAAAGGCUUGCUGAACUUGUUACAGAACACAUGGGGGGACCAGUUAGGGAUGCAGGCAUUGUGUUGGCAAAGUGGAUGGAGAUCAGCACGGAAUUAAGAACAUCUCUUCAUACAAGUGUUUUCCCCAUUGGCUCUGUGAAAAUUGGCUUGUUACGCUACCGGGCGUUGCUGUUUAAGGUAUUAGCCGACAAUGUUGGGAUAAAAUGUAGACUUGUGAAAGGAAGUCAUUACACUGGUGUUGAAGAAGAUGCUGUUAAUAUAAUAAAGAUGACUGACGACAGGGAGUUUUUGGUCGAUCUCAUGGCAGCACCAGGAACACUAAUACCUGUGGAUGGAUCAAGUGUGAAAGAUUCUUCUGCUCCAGGAUACAACCAAAAACUAAACAUGAUCCCCUCUUUCCAGCCAUCGAAUUUAGUGCCAAUCGGGGGGUCUCCUUCUGACAAUAAUCUUCGUUUUGGUCGGCAUUCAGUCACUGGAAAGACGGAUUCACUGCCUCCAUCUACUAGUCCUAGUAAUGACAUGGGUGCUGGCCCUUCUAGAGGCUCCAGCCUAUCAAACCCGCAUCAGUUGGACUUGCCCUCAACAUCAGCAGUGGGGGCAUCUUUGUUCAAACCACAUCGUGGAGCCCUUGCAGUUGGUGAUGGUACCAGGUUGAAUGUUAAUGUAGUGCCCUAUAAUCAAGGUAAUAGUGAUGAUCCAAGAAAUCUUUUUGCUGACCUUAACCCAUUCCAUUUACGAGGUUCUAACCAAGCUUCCCAGCAAAACAAACCCAAAUUUGAAAUUGAUGAGUCUCAGAGAUUGAGGAAUGACGCUGUCUCCAGAAAGCCGCCUUCUCCCAUGAUGUGGAAAAACCAUCAAGCUAUUAAUUAUGUCCCCAGGAAGAAAGACAGUGAUUUUGUUGAGAGUCUAUUCCCAAGAAAUGGAAACAAGGAGUCCAAAAUGCCACCAGCAACAUCAUCUGGCACAUCAGCUUCCCAAAAUGUAUCUCAGAAUGGUUCUCAGUUGGGAAGUUCGACUUUGAAUGGUGUAAAUGUCGAUGCUGGCAGUUCUGUUAGUUUUGGUAUGACUGCUGCACCUGGCAGUGGUCAGAAUGAUAAGCGUCUUCCAAUUGAAGCUGGAAAUGCCUCCCAAGUGAAAGACUCCAGAGAGAAAGCAACCUCUUCUGUAUCCAUGCCCGGACAGGGAAAUGUAGGCAAAAAAAAUAGCACUGGUUUUCAUGGUGGUGCCAAGUGCACAACUGAGGGAUUUAUAGGAACAGGAUAUAUAUUAAAUAAUACAAAUGUAGGACCUGUGGAUUCUGGCGCGGUUGACCAAGUUCUUGAUGAUGUGGGUGAAUGUGAAAUUUCGUGGGAAGACCUUGUAAUUGGUGAAAGGAUUGGAUUAGGUUCAUAUGGGGAGGUCUACCAUGCAGAUUGGAACGGCACAGAAGUUGCUGUCAAGAAAUUUUUGGAUCAAGAUUUCUCAGGAGAUGCUUUAGCAGAGUUCAAAAGAGAGGUCCGUAUAAUGCGAAGAUUGCGCCAUCCUAAUGUAGUCCUGUUUAUGGGUGCUGUUACUCGCCCGCCAAAUCUGUCCAUUGUGUCUGAAUUUCUUCCCAGAGGAAGUUUAUACCGGAUUCUCCAUCGUCCCAAUUCUCAAAUUGACGAAAAGCGUAGAAUAAAAAUGGCACUGGAUGUGGCUAGGGGUAUGAAUUGCUUGCAUACAAGCACACCAACUAUUGUACACCGUGAUUUAAAGUCUCCCAACUUGCUGGUUGACAAGAACUGGAAUGUGAAGGUCUGUGAUUUCGGAUUGUCAAGGCUGAAGCACAAUACAUUUUUGUCAUCUAAAUCAACUGCUGGAACUCCUGAAUGGAUGGCUCCAGAAGUACUUCGAAAUGAACCAUCAAAUGAGAAAUGUGAUAUAUAUAGUUUCGGAGUGAUCUUGUGGGAGCUUGCAACACUUAGACUGCCUUGGAGUGGGAUGAACCCAAUGCAAGUUGUUGGCGCGGUAGGUUUCCAAAAUCGGCGCCUAGACAUCUCUAAGGAACUUGAUCCUUUGGUUGCUAGGAUAAUAUGGGAAUGUUGGCAGUCUGAGCCGAAUCUGCGCCCUUCAUUCGCACAGCUUUGUGUAGCUCUGAAGUCCUUGCAGCAUCUCGUCAUCUCUUCAAAUGUUGACCAGCAAAGUUCAGCAAUGUCACCAGAGAUCUCUGUGAAUUCUACGCCUUGAUUCCGAAGUGUGAAUAAAGACCUCAUAUUCUUGGAUGUAGAGAGGGUACAUAAAGUUUAGAAAAAAGUAAGAUGACAUGCACAAAAAAGAAAAGUAAACACACAAGAUUAGUAAAAAUGCUGAAAGCUUCCUGGGCAGUUUUGGUUUUCAGUGUAAUUAGUGAUUGAAUUUUGGUUACAGGAGCAACAGCAGCCAAAGCGAAUCACAGAUGCGGAAUUUGUACAGAGGUGUGCAUAGUUUUGGAUCCAAAUAUUGUAUACAUACGUUCAUACCGUAUUCUAAUAAAAUUUGACAUGGAAUUGUAAAACAGGCAUUUCCAUGAAAUGAUGAAAUUGCAAGUACAAUCAACUUGUUGAGCACCAAAAUUGGAUGUAUGUUUAUGUGUUUAA